AUGAUCACCUUUGGUGUUUCAGUACCUGCUAAUGGUAAGGAUGCCAUAUCAGGGUACAGGUUAUUCAAAUUCCAAGACGAUGUGCUAACUCCGUUGCCAGUCACAUUGGAUAGUAACACAGACAAAAAUGUAAUAAUUCAGAAAUUCUGUUAUUUGAAGCCUAGAGAUAGGCUAAUAGUUCCAGAAUGUCAAAAUGGUGGUUUGAUGGAUUCAUCUGAUUACUUAUUGGUUGCAAAAUCUAAUGGAAUCAUUGAGAUAUUUAGGGAUUACCGCUACAAGGUGUCUCAGGCAAUGAAAAUGAAACCUGAUUUUAUUCUUACGUGCAUUCCUGUUGCCCAUGAACGUGAUAUGCUGGAUUUAACUAUAGCAGGGUUGGAGUAUAAGGAUGGCUUACUUUACUGCUGCACAAAGGACGGUGAUUUGUAUAUAUUUAUUUUAAACUUACCGGGUGACUACAUCCAAAUAGAAAAUAUCUACAAUCCAAUGGGGACUCCCGACCUUUUUGAUGUUGCUAUGCCUAAUGCUAGGGAUUAUAGUAGGUUUGAGGAAGGAAUACUACUAGUAUAUUCUAAGUUUACAGGACGUACUAAGUUGCAACAUAUAUGCUAUUAUUGCCUUCCAAUGGGACAGCAGAUAUCCAUAUACCCACAACUGAAAAUAUUGUAUCCAAAUAUACACUAUUUCAAACCAUGCAUUUAUGUAAAUUUGAAGAAGGAGGUGUCGAAUUUCAGAAUUAAUCCACUCGAUAGGUUCAGUUUUAUUGCGAUGGCUCCAAGGAUUCCAUUGACGAUUUAUAAGAUUCAUCUACCAAAACUAUUCACAGAUUUCUUCAUUAAAUUCAUUAAGCUUAAAAAAGCAGUACUACGACGGUUUCCACAGGAGGUGCAGGAUAUUGAUGAGGCCAGUACCAAAAUUUACAACAGCAAAUUUCUUGACUUUUUACGUUUCGAUUUCAGAGGAAUACAAACAGACAUGGACCCGCGGACGUGGAAUUCCUUAAUGACGAAUGAUUAUGUUGCAGAGUUGAGUUAUUCGUGUGUCUGGAGACAGCACCAAGGCAAUACUAAGGAUGACUUGUACAGAUUAUUCCAUAGGCAAGUGCAAAUAUAUGAUGGGGAUCGCGAGCGGCCAGCGUCAAGAGGAAGCCUUACCGGGUCCGCUGACAACUCCAUAAGAAGUAAUUCGCUCAGGAGAAGCAUUUUGGAACGCAGUGUAGAAAGUCCACCCUGCUAUAGCAACUCAGCAACUGAUAGAUUCAUCCGAUGUUUGCGUCAAAAUACCUGUCCUGUGGAUAUUAGAAUUGUUAAUACAAAAUUAGGAGCAAACCCAUCUCAAUGCGGUAAUACUGAAGAUGAACAAGAUAAUACCAGGACUUCAUUCUUGACUGAUGAAUACAAAGAUAUGGAUAUUAUUACAUUGGAUAAAUUUUUGUGUUUAACAGCUUUCCGACCAAAGUAUAUUGACGAGCCAUUGAUGAAACUAGAUUCUUUUCAUAGCAUUGGCAAAGGUAACACUGACAAAGAAGCACAGUGGGCAAUACUGAAUUUGUCUUCCUUUAAAAAACUAUUUAUGAUAACCAACUCCCUCUGCCUAAUCUUCGACACCUUCGGAGUCGUGCUUAUCGACAGAUUCAAGUUGGUUAAUAAUCAUGAUUUGUUAAAAAACGACCCUGAGGCUUUUAAAAUUAUUGACUACGAAAUCGGAUUGAUCAACGAUAUUGCUGUGGUUAUUACGGCCAUGAAGAAAUGUCAAGAAUGCGAAAGCGUUUACGAUAUCACAUUGGAUGCCAUCGUAACAACAGUGUCAGGUACACUAAGCGUCUUACAUGCAGAGUUUUAUAGUCAUCAAAGGCUGGGGAAAAUGCACUGUCGUGACAGGCUAAAAGUGAACAGCAGAGACAAAAUUGUAGAACAGGUUGUGCUCUUAGAUUAUGAGCCAAAUAGAAAACGUUUAAGGACGGCAGAUGAUGGAGAAGUCGCAAAGCGUUCGAAAAUGGAAAUAUGA